AGCUUUUCGCUCAAAUCCUCUGCUCAAAAGGGCUAAAGAAAAAAAAAAGGUUUAAAGUAAUUAUUGGCAGAACAUGACGAAUGACGGAUGCCCUUUGGAUCGAAUUCGAUAGAAGCGAGUAAGUUUAUGAGAUUUGUUGCAACAACAAUGGGAAGUAGAACUAAUCUCUUCAAAUGGUCGAAGAACGUCACAACUGCCCAAGUUGAGAAGCUGAUACGAGCUGAAAAGGACGUUGGGAAAGCCAUUCUCAUAUUCGACUCGGCGACAGCUGAGUAUGCCAACGGUUUUCGACAUGAUCACAGCACUUUUUCUCUCAUGAUCUCUAAAUUAGUCUCUGCUAAUCAGUUCAGAUCGGCUGAGGCACUUCUCGGUAGAAUGAAAGAGGAGAAGUGUAAGAUUAUAGAGGACAUAUUCUUAUCUCUUUGUAGAGGAUAUGGUCGCGUUCAUAGGCCCUUAGACGCCAUCAGGGUCUUCCAGAAGAUGGAGGAUCUUCAGUGCAAACCGACCUCGAAAUCAUACAUUACUAUAUUAUCCAUUCUUGUUGAAGAAAACCAGUUAAAGGAGGCAUUCAGGUUUUACAGGUACAUGAAAGAAAUGGGUAUACCACUGAUUCUCACUUCGCUUAAUAUUUUGCUGAAAGCCCUGUGCAAAAUGAGCGAAACAGUAGAUGCGGCUCUUGAUAUGUUCCGCGAGAUGCCCAGCCGCAGUUUUACUCCGGAUUCAUAUACUUACGGCACUUUGAUCAACGGAUUGUGUAGAUUUGGAAAGGUUGGCGACGCGAAGGAGCUAUUCAAAGAGAUGGAGACGAGAGGAUGUUCACCUACCGUUGUAACGUACACUAGCUUGAUACACGGUUUGUGUCAGUCUAACAACUUGGACGAAGCUGUGGAGUUGUUUGAAGAGAUGACAAGCAAAGGCAUUAGUCCGAAUGUGUUCACAUACAGUUCUCUAAUGGAUGGUUUUUGCAAGGGCGGGCGGUCGUCUCAUGCCAUGGAUUUAUUCCACAUGAUGAUUAGCAAAGGCCAUUCGCCAAACAUGGUCACUUAUAGCACCUUGAUCCACGGACUAUGUAAAGAAGGAAAGCUUAGAGAAUCUAUGGAAAUACUUGACAGGAUGAAGCUUCAAGGAUUAAAGCCAGAUGCAGGCCUAUAUAGGAAAAUCAUAACCGGGUUCUGCGACGUCGGUAAGUUUCAAGAAGCGGCAAACUUUAUCGAUGAGAUGGUCCUUGAGGGCAUCAAGCCAAAUCGCCUGACGUGGAGCCUCCAUGUUGGGGUUCAUAACACUGUGGUGCAAGGCCUUUGCACCAAUGGAGGCCUAGACCGGGCUUUUCAGGUGUAUCUUAGUGCGCGUGCUCGGGGAAUCACGAUCGAGCACGAGACAUUCAAGUCUCUGGUGAAAUGUUAUUGUAAGAAAGGUGACUUGCACAAGGCUGCAAGAAUUGUUGAUGACAUGGUGCUUGAUGGGUGUGUUCCGGAUGAGGAAACAUGGGGUUUUGUGGUGAAUGGGUUUUGGAAUAGAAGGAAGGUAAAGGAAGCUGCUAAGUUAUUGCAGGCUGAGUUGAUGAGUGAGCUUGUUAGUGAGCCUUGAAAAGUAAGACUUGUUUACUUCAUGCGUUUAAAUCAAUAAUUCUUGAUUUUGAUAUUUAAAAUUUA